AACGCUUUUACUCGUAGCACAGAGUCUUCCUCUUCAACAAAAUCAUUCUCUUCAAAAUCAUUUUUCUCACUCCUUUUUCGUCGACUUGACCGAUUUCUCUUUUGUUUAAACGAAAUUUCUUUCAUCAGUACGCUCUAAUAUAGUGGCGGAAGACAGGAGCAAGGUUUGUUUUGCUCGAAUAUUCAAGGUGCAAUAAGUCACAUAAUUUCUGAAAAAUCUCACUAUAUACCCACAAUCUGUAACUCUUGGAAUGAUUUUGACGAAGUUUGUUUGCAAAUCUGCUCCAAAGGUAAUAGUAAAUACGCGAUUUAUUACACGGUUCAAAAAUGCUCGCACUUUCGCUUCAGCAAUUCACAAUUAUAAAGAUGAAAGCUUAAAGAAACUAUUCGACGACCUUAAAUAUCACGAGUUGUUUCAAGAAAAGUUUCAUACUCAAAAAUACGGACUCUUUCGAAACGAAUUUUUAGUAGACUCUUCAACUGGGUUUCAGAAGUUGACUGACAUUGUAUUGAGGCAUUCACAACGGAUUGUCAAAGAUUUGUUAAAAACAGAUGGUACAAAUGGAAAGUUUAUUGUCGCUGAAUUUGAUCGAUUAUCAGACCUUCUUUGUAGCGUAAUUGAUUUAUGCGAAUUCGUCCGUUGCGCUCACACGGAUGAAAAGAUUAUUGCACAGUCAGAAGAUGCUUACAAUCGACUUUUCAAUUUUAUGAAUGUUUUAAAUACACACCGUGGACUUUAUGACAAAAUUGAACAAGCAGUUCGUAUUGACAAGACUCAGCAUCAGCUAGGUGAAGAAGAACGAAUUAUUGCCGAUGUUUUCCUAAUGGAUUUUAAGAAGUCUGCAAUUGACCUUGAAGAAAACAAGCGAAAAGAAUUCGUUACUCAGUCGCUCAAAUCUGCGACUUUGGGGAGAAAAUUCUUCAACAACGUGGUCAAUCGUAUACAAAGGUAUAUAAAAGUCCCCGCUGAUGAACUAAAAGGAUCAAAUCCGUUUUUUUCUCGGACGGUAUUGAAUGAAAAAGGAGACCAUGCUUAUAUCCCAGUAAAUGGCCAAGAAGGCUUACAUGCGCUAAUUAAUAUUGCAAAUCCAUCACUUAGGAAAAAGGUGUACACAGAAAGCAUGUACGCAAAACCCGACGAAAUUGAAGUUUUGGAAUCUUACCUCGCUUCUAAAGCAGAAUUAGCUGCAAUUGUUGGAAAAAAAAGCUUCGCCGACCUCCAGCUUUCUGAUAAAAUGGUUGGAAAUCAAGACAACGUGCUUGAAUUUCUACACACCUUAGCAAGCAACAACUUGAGAAAUGUCAAAUCUUUAAGCCGAGAAGUUUCAAGAUUUAAGCAACAACAUUUACGCUUAAACGAGUUGCCAACACUUGAUCCUUGGGACCGUGAUUUUUAUCUCCUGCGAAUGAAAGAGGCCUAUGCACGUAAGCUUCCAAGUCUUCAUAUGAAUCAAUCCGAAAUAAUGUGUCACAUGUCUGUUGGUACGGUCAUGCAGGGAUUGUCGAGACUGUUAAAUAACCUAUAUGGUCUAAGAUUUGAGCCAGCUACUACAUGGCCUGGUGAACUGUGGCAUCCAGAUGUUCGUAAGCUUCAUGUUUAUGAUGACAGUGGAAAUGUCCUUGGCAUUGUAUAUUGUGAUCUAUACGCCAGAGACGGUAAGGGUGAUGGGGCAGCUCAUUUUACAAUACGUUCCUCGCGUCAGCUAGAUGAGUCUAGUAGUCGCGACGCCGAGCUUCUUGGAUUCCAUCUCGACAAAAGAGUUUCCACUGAUGGUAGUUCUUACCAGCUCCCAGUUAUUGUCUUAAGUUGUAAUUUUGAUAAAUCCUUAUCUUUUGCAGGAAGAACUUGUCUACAUUUUUGGGAUGUGAAAACGCUGUUUCACGAGAUGGGUCAUGCAAUACACUCCAUCAUGGGCUGUACCAAGUACCAAAACCUUGCAGGAACCCGUUGUGCAACAGAUUUUGUUGAAUUGCCUUCCAUAUUAAUGGAGCACUUUAUGAGCUCACCAGAUGUAUUGCCGUUGUAUGCCAGGCAUUAUUUAACAGAUGAACCUCUUAAAAAGGAGGCUUUAGAGAACUUCAUCCGGAUGGAGAAUCUCUCUUCUGCUUUCGAUAAUCAAAGACAAGUCUGUCUUGCAUUAGUCGAUCAAGAGUAUCAUUCGUCAAAUGUGAUACAACCGACAUUCGAUUCUACAAAAGUUUAUGAAGAGAUCAUAAACAAAUGGAGUGGAUUCAAUGCUGUUCCCAAUGGGGCAUGGCAAGUUCAGUUUGGUCAUCUUUAUGGUUAUAGUGGUACUUAUUACUCCUACCUUUUUGACAGCAUUCUUGCAAAUAAAGUGUGGAGUAAAUUAUUUGCUAAGAGGCCUCUCAAUCGCGAAGCUGGCGAAAAGUUUUUAAAUGCUGUAUUACGAUGGGGAGGCAGUAGACAACCAUGGUUAUGUCUUGCAGAUGCUCUAGAUGAUCCAAGAAUCGCAAAGGGUAAUCAUGAAGUAAUGGAAACCAUCGGAAGUUGGGACCUAAAAUAAAAACUACAGUUCACUCUAUGCCGACCUAUGCUGUUGGCUGAAUCGAUACUACAACUAUUGCUUUAUGAGAAAUGUAACUUUAAUGUGUAGCAAAAAUAAAUGAUACAUUAAAACCAA